AUGGCUGGAGGCGGAGGCUCAGACGCAGACGUGGGCGGUGACCCAGGUACCAAGGGCCGCCUCCCAGCCAGCUCUGAGCAGAAGCCCCGCUGGGGCCUCCUCCUGCCCGGGGUGCUGGGGGGCACGCUGGUGGCCCUGUACGCCGUGGCCACCCCGUUCAUCACGCCGGCCCUGCGGAAGAUCUGCCUACCCUUCGUGCCCGCCACCCCGAGGCAGGUGGAGAACGUGCUGAGGAUGGUCCGGCGUGGGCGCGGGCCCCUGGUGGACGUGGGCAGCGGCGAUGGCCGCAUUGUGAUAGCUGCGGCCAAGGAAGGGUUUGCGGCCGUGGGCUACGAGCUGAACCCCUGGCUGGUGUGGUACUCCCGGUACCGCGCCUGGCGGGAGGGCGUGCAGGACUCCGCCACCUUCCACGUGGCCGAUCUCUGGAAGGUGAGCUUCUCGCCGUACUCGAAUGUGGUGAUCUUCGGGGUCCCUCAGAUGAUGCCGCAGCUGGCCCAGAAGCUGGAGCAGGAGCUCGAGGAGGACGCACGCGUCGUUGCCUGCCGCUUCCCCUUCCCGGGCUGGCGGCCGGACCAGGUGGCCGGGGAGGGCGUGGACACGGUGUGGGUCUAUGAUGCCAGCUCUUUCCGCCCGGCCCGCAGGCGCCCCUGA